AUGGAAUUUAUUAAGUCAGCUGCUGAGAACAACAUCACCUUUGUGCGACCUGCAUAUUUUAUAAUAAGUGGUUUUAUUGGCAUACCUAAUAUUAGAUAUUAUUUUGUCUUUCUGUGUUUUAUUUACAUUCUUGCAGUGAUGGGAAACACAUUAGUGAUGAUUGUAUUAACAUUGGAUCAUAUGUUAAGAAGCCCUAAAUAUAUUGCUGUUUUUAACCUUGCAUUUACAGACCUGUUAAGUAGCUGUGCUUUGGUGCCAAAGGUUGUUGACAUUUUUCUGUUUAACCAUUAUUAUAUUUCCUACAAUGACUGCUUGACUUUCAUGUUUUUCUGUUUUCUGCUAGUUUCAAUGCAGGCUUUUAAUCUAGUUGUAUUGUCAUUUGACAGAGUCAUGGCUAUCAUGUACCCGCUGCACUAUCAAAUGAGAGUGAGCCACAAGCUCAUUUUAUCUUUGAUCGCUUUUUUCUGGCUUUUUGCCAUAACUCUUAUACUCGUUGCAGUUGGCCUUCUCACAAGACUUUCUUUUUGUAAGUCUGUCAUUAUUCAGAGCUAUUAUUGUGAUCAUGGUCCUAUGUAUCGUCUUGGCUGCAAUGAUGUUACCCCCAAUCGUGCAAUCGCUGGUUUGGCACCUGUUAUAAUUCUUGGGUUUCCACUGGCAUUUAUCGUGGGAAGUUAUUGCUGUAUUGGCUAUUCUUUGUCAAAAGUUUCUACAUUUAGGGAAAGAGUGAAAGCUUUCAAAACCUGCACAGGUCACCUUUCAUUAGUGGCAAUUUAUUUCCUUCCUAUUACAUUUGUGUAUAUCUUUGGGAGUGUAAUACAUCCAAAUGCUAGAAUCAUAAGCCUUUCUAUUACCACUGUAUUGCCUCCCAUGUUAAACCCGAUUAUCUAUGUUCUUCAGACACAGGAGAUCAAAGAGUCAUUAAAGAAGUUGCUGAAAACUCGAGUUACAUCCAAAAUUGCCACAAAAUAUUAA